GAGCCGAGGGGACCCGGUCGUGUUCCGAUGCUGGGGAGCCGGGAAGCAGGAACCGGGGCCGGCGGAGAGGCGGCUGCCGGGCCGCUGAGCGGAGCAGACCGCGGGGAGGAGAUGCGUCCUGGCCGGGCAGGGUGUCGCUUCCCCGGCCUGGUCAGCUGGAGGCAGAGACCGUGCAGGACUUCAGCCCUGUUUGCUGCAGCCAACACGCUGUACUGGUUCGUAGCCUUCACUUCUUUCCGAGCCUACAGCCUUGUGGCCAUCCUGCUGGCUCUACUGGUCGUCAUGGUGACCGCCAGAGACAUCGCUCGGUCCAGAGCUGCAGGAGUUCACUUGUGGCGCAGCAUGACGGCAAGCUGGGAGAUCAUUGACUCAGGCCAGGACAGCCGGUCUGGGGCUGGACUUCACCUCAGUGACUCCCUCAAACUCUUCCUCCAGGAGACAUCAGCUUUCAAACAGCAAAACCCUGGCAAGUUUUGCUUGCUGGUUUGCAGUUUGUGCACCUUCUUUGCUGUCUUAGGACGCUACAUUCCAGGGAUUGUUAUCUCAUAUAUACUAGUGCUGGGCGUCUUCCUGUGGCCUCUGAUUUCAUCUCAUGAGGUUGGUUUGUGGCUGGAGCCAGUUCUGCAGAAGCUGGACUUUGGCCUUGGAGAGUUCCUUCGAAAAAUCAGAGAGAAUCAUGAGAAAAGACUAUUGCAGGCUCAGACCGAGAAAGAGGGCAUUGAGUCAGACCUCUCUUCCAUGUUUCCCAAGCUCGACUCCACAGUGUGUAAAGAAUUGUCUGUUUCGGAUACAGAGGUGUCUGAUGUGACAUGGACAGACAACGGCACAUUCAACCUGUCAGAAGGACACACACCACAGACUGAGAACUCAGAAGACCUCGACAGAGAAGAAGUAUUUACUGGCGGCCUCCCAGAAUUCCCGUCUCUCGACAACGGUACAACGACCAAUGGCGACGAUGACGACGACCUCAGCCUCGGCCUUCCCUCGCCUCACCCGCAGCUCCAACAGGCGAUCAAAUCCAAGCAUGCACCUCCUACACACAAAGACCAACCUGUCGACAAAGCCCUCGAAUUGGUCAACCAGAUGGCGGGUGACGUCAUUGCCGCCGCAGUCACAGCCGCCAUCCAGGAGAGGAUAGAAGCGGCUGUCGGCAUCACGUUGGCGAGCGAACAUCCAGAUCGAUCAAGACUCCCAGAAACCACCAGGCUGCUGGAGCUGGCUGAGGAGUCAGACAGCGACGUGGAGGACUUUGAGCUUCUGGAUCAGUCGGAGCUGGAGCAGCUGGAAGGGGAGCUGGGGCUGGGAGAGGUGAAGGCUCAGGUCAAAGAGGAGGCUCAGGCCCAGACCGACAACCCGGUCUCAGAAGGGUUCUUCUCCAAACUCCUGAGACGCCACUGAGUGAUGAAGAGUGCGGUCGGUAGGGGAGGAAGAUGGCUUACAGAGGACAUUUGGGGACAGCGUUUCCAUUCUUCUUUUUCCUUUAGCGCUAACAUCACCAUUUCAGAUCUGAUCAAUGAAAUGUGGAGAAGCAACUAAUGUAAUAUCAGAAUCACAUUAAUGCUGAGAUCAGACUACACAGUAUCUUUUUUUUUCCUUUUUUUCUCCUACUUUUUAUUUGUUAACUCAUUUCAUCCAUGCAUGUACUUUCUUCUCCAUGAUACAAACUCAUGUCAUCUUAUGAUAUGAAACAAAAACAUACCAUAACUGAAGCAACAUAUAUUAAUUCAAUAUCAAUCAUUUAAAAAAUAAACAAAUAAAAACACUAAUGAUCAUGACCAUAAUAAAAUAAUCCCUUACUCAGCAUAUUAUUUUGAAAACACACUUCCCAGAGGACCAAAGUAGGAAAAAAGACUUCACAGCAUCAUUCAGUCUAACUGCAGCAAAAUGCAUUUUUCUACCAGUGAGGUACCUGAGGGCAGAUUAUAUGCUACGUAUUGUAUCACAGUGGUUCCCAACCGUUUUCCUUAAAGGGCUCCUAAUCCACCACUGAGUGAACUGAUGACCCCUAACAAACCAAUAUGUUUUAUGUAUAUUUUCAUUACAGAACAAUUGAUAACUGCAUAAUUAACCCAAAUAGUGAACACAAUACCUGCAGAGAGUUUGUGUAAAUCUACAGUAGCGAUUAGUUCCUGUGAAUAUUGCAGUGCA